AUGACUGUGGCUGGCAAAAAGGAAGUGGAAGGCAUCUCUGUUGUCGAUGCGGUUGGUAACACCCCACAGGCAGCGGCUGCGUUGUUAACAGUGGAUGCUGGUUCGGCACAUGAGAAUCAAGGUGUGCGAGAGGCACGCCAAUUUGGCUUCGGAAGGCUUUUUGGCAGGCGAGGCGGUUUUGGUGGAAGACGCGGUUUCGGUGGCGGUGGGCGCGGUUUCGGUGGUGGAGGGCGCGGUUUCGGUGGUGGAGGGCGCGGUNGGAUGCUGGAUCGGCACAUGAGAAUCAAGGUGUGCGAGAGGCACGCCAAUUUGGCUUCGGAAGGCAUUUUGGCAGGCGAGGCGGUUUUGGCGGAGGGCGCGGUUUCGGUGGUGGAGGGCGCGGUUUCGGUGGCGGAGGGCCCCGUUUCUUCGGUGGCGGAGGGCCCCGUUUCUUCGGUGGUGGUGGUCGGAGAGGUGGAUUCUUCGGCUGAGUAA